AUGCUCUUUGAAGCCUUGCAUCGCCUAGGUAGCAAACCUGAUCGUUUAAUGAUGUACCCUUCUAGAUUUUUGGAGGAUGCGCAGAACAGUUCAACCGAGAGCCGGCUGCUCCGAAAAGCACGAGACGAAUAUGAAGUGAAACUGAUGCCAAUAGAGGUGCAAAGUCGAGACAGUGGUGAUGCUACCUGGGCUGAGAGCUAUACUAAGCUUCUCGCUUUCAACCAAACACAAUACGAUCGAGUGCUGGGCUUAGACUCGGACGCCACCAUCUUGCAAACCAUGGAUGAGCUCUUCCUCUCUCCGCCGUCCCCCGUGGCGAUGCCACGAGCCUACUGGCUGAAUUUCAACGAUCGGCUUCUCAGCUCGCAACUCAUCCUCGUCCAGCCUUCGGACUUCGAAUUCACCCGUAUAAUGAAGGCAAUUUCGGAAGCAAGAAAUACCGAGUAUGACAUGGAGAUCCUAAACAAUCUAUACCGCGACAGUGCCCUCAUCAUUCCCCAUCGACCGUAUGAUCUCUUGACGGGGGAAUUCAGGUCCAGAAAGCAUACAGAUUAUCUGGGAAAUCCCCUUGAGCCGUGGGAUCCGGUUAAGGUGUUUCAAGAAGCUAAGUUCCUCCACUUCUCGGACUGGCCCGUCCCCAAGCCUUGGACUGCUGCCAGUCCGGCCACUAUUGAAGAUAAACAACCUACAUGUGACUUAAACCCCAAAACAGGAAUAGAGGACGAUUGUCGGGCUCGAGAAAUUUGGCGAGAGGUGUACGCUGACUUUGUAGUGCGACGUAAGAAUAUAUGCGACAUGGAGGUUAAGAGGAAGAGAACUAAUUUUCCCACUCGGCGGCCUCUGCCACCCGACCCUUACGAACCCAUUCUAUAA